CGUCAUCGUUUUCGGUGCGGCAGCGGCUGCGAUGAUCACAUGAUUUUUGACGUUUAGUAGCGCUGCCACACCAUCGUCGUUCCCAACAUGGCCGCGACGGAAUGCGAAGCAACGGAGGACAGCUCGACGGACCUGUUGAACAACGCGGUGUUCUCCGACGAGGCUGUCAACGCGAUCGAGAAGCACGAGAGCUCGAGCAUUCCGUUGCAGACACCAUGGACCUUCUGGCUAGACAAAGCUGUUCCUGGCACAACCACCGAAGAGUACAAAGCCAACCUGCAGAAAAUCUACACGGUGGAUACUGUGCAGAACUUCUGGGCAGUCUUCAACAACAUACCAAAUGCCGGGGACAUGCAGGUCAAAUAUAGUUACCACUUAAUGAGAGAUGAGAGAUAUCCCCUGUGGGAAGACAAGCUGAAUCAAAGGGGUGGCACCUGGAGGCUAAAGUGCCACAAGUCUGACACCGAGCAAGUGUGGAAGGAAGUGGUGCUAGCAGCGAUUGGAGAGCAAUUCACUAAGCAUGUUGCACCGGACGAUGAAGUUUGCGGGGUGACUGUCUCCAUUCGCGACAGGGAAGAUCUCAUUCAGAUUUGGAACAUAAACGCCGAUCUAGAGUCAAAGGCCACGGUUGUACAGAAAGUCCACGCCCUAGUGCCUAAUGUAACUUUUCUGGGAGAUUUUUACAAACCUCAUCAGUCUCACCACGCGUACGGGAGACGUUAAAUGUAUACAACAGCGCUGUGAUGAUGACGAUGAAGAUAACGGGAUAUAUAUACACAUACAAGAUUUAUUAUACAAGAUUGCGCGGCAAUAACGAACGCGUAACACGUUGUGCUAUCCGCAAAUAGAUAUUCGCACCAUUGUAAUAAAAUGUCGAAGAAAGUCUGCUUUCGUUAAGACCAAGGCGCAACGAGACGCGCUCGAGGAUACCAUUGCGUUUGUUACAAGUUGAACGCGCGCGUGCGUUAUUUAAAGCGUUGUUUAUAUACUCGCCGAGUUCGAUUAUAUAUAUUUUAGAAACGAAGAUCGCUGUUGUGUGUAAGACGCUGUUUUAUCCGAUGUGAAAUAUAUUUUUAUAUUUACCACA